AUGGAAGGAAUUUGCGACAAAACCUCAGCACCCUCUGUAAGCUCCAUCAGCAGGCUUAUACGUGGAGGAAGAAAAAGCGAUUCUGAUAAGAAAAAUCACUCUAUAGAUGGAAUAUUAGGACCUAAUUCUUCUUGCGAAGACAGUGACACGGAAUCUGAACCUGGAAUCCCUCUAAAGCGCAAACAACGUAGAUCUCGUACAACAUUUACUGGUGAACAAUUGGAAGCAUUAGAACGGGCUUUCAGCCGCACUCAAUACCCAGAUGUAUAUACAAGAGAGGAACUAGCUCAAAAAACUAAACUAACUGAAGCAAGGGUGCAAGUUUGGUUCUCCAACCGACGAGCUCGACUAAGAAAACAACUAAACUCGCAGCAGCUUAAUGCUUUCAGUGCAAUAUCUUUACAGUCUGCUUUCCCAGGAGUUCAGCAACACUAUCCCGAAACAAACUUUAACCAAAGUUCUUGGGCUCAGCAAUCCUAUGUACCUUCUGCUAUAAGUUCAACUUCUCUCCCAAGUUCUCUUCCUACUGGUAAUAUCAGUAAUACAAGUACCAGUUCUGCAAGUACAACUACACCCUCGCAGAGUACGUUAUACAAUUCCUAUAGCAACGGAAGUCAUCUGGAACAGAGUGCUGUGUUGAACUGUAGUAACCAGUUUGGCUACAACACAUCCCAAGUAUCACCCAGCCAUCACAGUAUAUCUCCCCAACAAAGUGCUGUAUGGUCACGUCAUCCUCAGAGUAACAAAAUGACUGAAAAUAUCUCUCCAUCUUGGCACGAGAAUUAUAGUCUAUUGGCUUCGGGAACACAUUACGCAGGAGCCCAUUCUGCAAGCGAAGCAAAGUCAGGAUAUCCGUACUUUGGGGCUAUGGAAAUGGGUACUAGUAGAGUCCAUUAA